AUACAAUGUUUUUCAUUAGUAAUAUGUUAGGUUAUCAAUGAUAGGUCUAGUAGUUAUAAGUUUGCUUAAAUUUCAUUGUUGAUUGAUAAUGUUUAUUAUAUUUAUUGAUUGUGCAAUGGUGAUCAGAUUGUACAGUGUACAUUUUUACCAUUAUGAGUUUCUUCUUUGAUUUUGUUAUAAAUGUAUUUGUUAGGAUGUUGGAACUUGUAUGGUUUGGCAAAAAGAAAAUUAGCAAUUCAUUAAGUAUAUAUAUUAAAACAAAUACUGGAAAUACUUUAUCGGUGAAUUUAGAUCCUAAAUGGGAUAUUAAAAAUGUUAAAGAAAUAUUAGCACCCCAAAUGGGUAUGGCACCGGAGGAUAUUAAAAUUAUUUUUGCUGGUAAAGAAUUACAUAAUUCAACAGUAAUAGAGGAAUGCGAUUUAGGUCAACAAAGUAUUCUUCACGCUGUUCAAAAUCGUCAUCAAAAACUUAAUAAGAGUAUCAAUUCUGUAAAUACUAUUGAAGAGGUAACAACGGAAGGAUCUGAUUAUGAUUCGACACUUAAUAGUAGUGGAAGUAAACCUAUGAACGAAACCCUUACAGAUUUGCCAUUAGACGAAACAAAUCAAACUAAUUCUUCUAUCGAUGAACAACGAGAAACUCGAGCACACUUUUAUGUAUAUUGUUCAAAACCAUGCAAAGCUGUAACUACUGGAAAAUUAAGAGUGAAAUGUGCAUCGUGUGGCAGCGGUGCUGUUACAGUCGAUAGAGAUCCGCAAUGUUGGCCAGACGUUUUACAUCCUAAAAGAAUAACGGUUCAUUGCGAAAAUGAGUUAUGCGAGCCAUCGGUAUCUUCUAAUGCGGAAACAGAAUUACAAGUUUUAUAUGCUCAAUUUUUUUUCAAAUGUGCAAAUCAUAUUAGUUUAGGUGAAGACGACCAGGCAGUACCACUUUAUUAUAUCAAGCCAAAUUCCAUGAGCAUACCUUGUCUUGCGUGUACAGAUAUAAGGGAUACCGUAUUGGUUUUUCCUUGCGAAGGAGCUCACGUAACUUGCUUAGAUUGCUUUAAAGAAUAUUGUUCUGUACGUUUACGUGAACGUCAAUUUCAAUUUGACACGACCAAAGGUUAUUAUACUCUUCCCUGUCCAGCAGGAUGUCCCAAUUCUUUUAUUACAGAAGUCCAUCAUUUUCAUCUUCUUAAUCCACAACAGUAUGAACAAUAUCAACGAUUUGGUACAGAGGAAUAUGUUUUACGGGAGGGUGGAUUUCUUUGUCCAAGACCAAAUUGUGGUAUGGGUAUAAUACCACCAUCUAUAGAAGAUGGUGCGAAUGAAGAAGAAUGCCGUAAAAUUCAAUGUUUCGCUGGUUGUGGUUACGUAUUCUGCAGAAGAUGUUUACAAGGAUUUCAUAUGGGAGAAUGCGAAUUACAAUCAUCUGAAGCAUCUAAUAGUAAAUCUGUAUUUAAUGGCUACACCAUUGAUCCCCAAAAGGCUAAAGAUGCUAAAUGGGAUGAAGCUAGUAAAAAGACUAUACAAAUAUUAACUAAACCGUGUCCAAAAUGUAGAACACCUACUGAAAGAGAUGGUGGAUGUAUGCACAUGGUGUGUACACGAGCCGGAUGUGGUUUUCAAUGGUGUUGGGUAUGUCAAACUGAAUGGACGAGAGAUUGUAUGGGUAGUCAUUGGUUCGGAUAAAUAAAAAUAUACAUUAAUUGACAUAUAUUCUGUAUACGAAAAACGAAAUACUUUAUAUACUGAAAAUAUUUUUUGAAUAAAAUAAUGAAUCAGGAAACAA